UCAGCUAUCGCCAUUGUACGGGCACGUGUGAAAAGUACAAGUUUUCAUAAACUCUUUAAUUGGACUGUACAAGAGCGUUUCCUCGAGCAUACAAAUGGAGUCCGAAUCUUUUUAUGGUGUUACGCUGAGCGAAAAAGAGCCAAUUGCACAGUUUGAUGUGCCGGAAAUACCAGAGGAGUACAUAGUACACUCACACAAGCUGAUCAUUAAACAGAUAUCACUUGGACCCGAGGCAAAAUCUGGUGAAUUCAAUGUUGUACAGGCGGAAACCAACGUGCACGAUGACGGCGAGAAGAAGACAGUCAAAAUUCCCAUUGCGGUCCUAAAGGUUGGCGAAACUCGCAGCUUGAGGCCAAAUGUUGAAUUCCCCAAUGGCUCCGUCACAUUCAAACUGGUCCAGGGCACGGGGCCGGUCUAUGUCUGCGGCAAGGCGGAGAUGAACCUGGGUGAAUACGACGACGGGCAAAUGUACGAGGAGUAUUCGGACGACGAGGAUGACAGUGAAUUGGAGCUUGAUGACGAUUGCUCUCCACAGACAAAUGGCAAGAGCAUAAAAAAGAAGUAAUACAAUGUGAAACACACACCUCCAGUAAGCUAAUCUACAAACAGAAUUAAAGAAAAAAAAAAUCAA